AUGGCCGACAACACCCGCAGCCUGACUAUCAAGAGUACGGGCCCCGAUCCCUCUGCCCUUUUCAACAGCAAGUACAAUCUACAGGUCGCCAAGAGCGUUAUCACCAACAAUCAACUGACCUACAACAUGGUUUGGCAAUCCCACGUCCUGGCUCCGAACAUGAAUGUCGAAUGGAAGCCCGUCUACGGCUUUAAUUGGACUACAUGCGACCAAGGCCAGGUCUUCGACCUCGACGCCAUGGGCAUGUGGGAACAGUCCACCGCCAUCCCCAAACUCCGCUACCUCAAAGUCGGCAAGAACAACUACCAGACCGAUACCGGCACUAACGGUGUCCACUUCAUGGUCGGCGUCCAGGAGGCAAGGGACGGGUCCAGCCCGAUCUUUGUGGACCCUAAAGGUAUGACGGCGCUGUACCAGCCGCAGGAAAAAGUACAGUGGUGGUAUCAGUCGGGGAUGCAUACCUCGACCAUCAUCGGUGAGAACGUCGGGCCCGUGGAGACGGGAGAUUUCACCCCGCCGGAUGCCUUGAUUGGAACGAACUCAAAGACGAGCUCGUACAACUUCCAGGCGGGGCAGUGGACUACCACUUCGCCCUAG